AUGGGGCAGGCGGGCAGCACGGGUCCGGAGCUGCGGCCUCGACACGCGCACACUCUGCCGCACGAACCGCUGAGACAUGCACCCAAGGUCCUACCGUCGCUGACGGAGUCUCCUCGCCUCCGCAGCACUGAUAACGGUGUGAUCCUUCAGUCAGGUGGUACCAUCAGCGGCCGAAGACCUGGCUCCCUACAGCCGGAGACAACGAGAACUCCUCAGGGACAUGUGCACUCAAACGUGUAUAGGUCAAGGUCAGCGGGGGGAGCUUCUGAGGGAGACUUGAGGUCACGUGAACGAGACCCUCUCCAUAGAUCACACACGAAUUUGGACCUCAGACAUGAUUCAAACGGUCUAAACAAAAGGUUCGGGUCUGAACCUGACCUAAGAAUAGAAGAGGAGCAGCAGAAGCCAAGAAGUAGUAAUAAUAAACAUUUUAAGAAGAAGUACCGAGCGCCGCAACCACCGACUAUAGAUCACCGAGGAGGUUCAUCGCCAGAUUCCUGCGAAGGGAACGCGAAAGCCGAACCACAAAGGAAACUGAGAUUAUUCAAAACGAGAAAUGAGACCAAAAAACUAAACGGCCACAAUGAUUCUAAAAUACCGGUAUACAAGAAUACAUAUACCGACUUUAAAUCUUUAGACUUCAACGACAACUUCGAGAGGAGAUACAAAUCACCUUGUAAAGACAAAGAAACAAGUUUACUUUACGUAGAUAAUCAAGACAUGGUCCAGAGUUCGACCUCACUUAAACAAGAAGAGAGAUUAAUACAAACGAAACAAGAUUACAAAGUAACUAGAACAGAUAGAGUGAGCGGAUGUAGGGCGAAGACGACGAAACCAAACGAACACAAAGAAGCGUGGAAGACACCGCUCCUAGACAGAAACUUUAGACAUUCAGAUAGAUUCAAAAAGGAGGCCCUGGAGCCGCCGCUGCUACGAAGAGAAAAAACAUUCGAUGAAACGCUUAUUACACAUGAAUCACCCAGAGCUUUACACGAGAGAAGAAUUAAAGCAGUCGGUGAAGAAUUGAAGAACAACAAGUUCAGUCCACUGGGAUCUAGGAACCAGCCCUUGAGGAAAUCUCUUCCUUCAUUACUCAGUAAAAGUAAUGAAGAAAAAGAUGAGUUUCAGGAAGAACUUAAAAAAGCAACGAGUAAAAUAAGAAAGGAAAUAGGAAGUAAAUUAAUUGUAAGCGAAAAUAAAACUAGUCAAAACGAUAGAACGAGUUCACAAAAAACAAACCCAACGAGAGUGGUGCAGAGCAGAGUCAAAGAAUCUAGUCUUAAAACAACCAACGCUAAACAGGAUUCUAAAAUAAACAAUCACGUCGCCAGGAGGCCGUUGAGUCGGCUCAAUGAGAGUAAACCGAAAACAUCGCCGCAGGUGAAACCAAAAACGAAUGACGUCAGAAAAUAUAACUUCGAAAGUAAAGAAAAUGUAAGGACACUCCCUGAUAGAGGACAGGCCUCUGGGAAAGAAUCAACUCCGGAACAUUCACCGACCAGGAACAAAAGUAGUAAGGAUGGAGUGUCAGAGAGACAAAGAUCAGCACCAUCAAAGCAAUUUUACUUCGGUAUGAUAGAAAGCAAAAACACCGAGCCUCAAGAUCAUUUGAAAGACUUCCCCGGCCUCGGCAGUCCUAUCAUAGAAGAGCUGAGUAAUUUUCACGUCAUCGAACAGAAACUAUUAGGCUACCAUUCGGAGGACGAAAUGGAUAAGUUCAAUGAGAAAUUAAAACAACACUACAAAAGAAAUUUGUCUUCGGAAUCAGCAUUAUCAUCAGAUGGUUCGGAAGGCGAGGGUUCGGACGGCUCGCUGGGUAUUGCCCUUCGCCUUAGACCAACUCUUCCAAAAAAGCUGCCCAACGCUCCACGUUUUUCACCCGCCGCGGCCUGGAGACAGCUUGCCACAUUAGAUGCUCAUCUUGCGGAAACUCAGCCUCUAGCAGUAGAAACCAAAAUGUCAGCCGUAAUAUCAGCGGAGUCAUCGCCAAGAUCGGAACAGUCAGCGGACAAGUCAGGUGACUCUGGUAUAUCUGGUGACCACGGACACAGCGACCACAGGAUAGAUUCACCUGGACAUGUGGUGGAGCAGGCGACAUGGACGCCGCAACAAGACCUUGGAGACAGCAGCUCGGAGGGCGCGGGCGGCGGGCCGGGGGAGGGGGGCAGGGACAGGGAACACGGAGCCUUCAGCCUCAGCCUGCCGCGGGAGGACAGGUUUAAAAGCGUGUCGUGCUUCUACGAAUGCUUCCAGGGUAAACAGUUGCAGCAUGGGUUCAACAGCCUCCAGAAAUUAAGGAAAUCAGUUUCCGGAGCGUUUGGAGUCGCGCUCGGUUCUAGAAGAUUCGACUUGGAACAUGAACCGAUGUUAGAAGAACCGGAACAGAACUGGUUCCUGACCAAGUCAGCUCCUAACUCUCUCAGUAACCCGCUGCUGUACCACCACCCGCUCAGAACAAAGGUGUCUGAUGAUAAUCUGAAAGACGAAUCUUUAUUAUCUUCUGAUAAGCCUCAAGAGGAGUGUCGUUGGCGCACUAGCUCCUACGUGAGUUGUAUCGGCCGCGGCAUGUACCUGCCCCCAGCGCUCGACUCUCCGUCAGUCACUGUGAACUCCAUAGAGAGGCCCGUACGGAGUAAGUCAUCAGGGUCACUAGUGGCUGCUGCUCGUGCGGCGCGCGCGGCGGCCCUCGCGGCCGAGAUGAGGGAGAGGGAGAGGUCCGCCUCACCACCACCAGUCAGGGCUGAACCAGCAAGGGUUACAUCCACGCGUAAUUCGAGCACCAGUCGCGGCAAGCGGUUCACGUUCCAGUCUACAGUGAGACAGCUUGAAAGACGACGGCUGGCUGAGAAGCUGUCCAAGGAAGCUGACCUCAAGGAGCAGCAGAGACUCACCGAGCUGGAGGCCAUGAGGAGGGUUGAAGAAGAGUUUCAGCGGAAAAGGGCCAGAGAGAAGGCCAAUAUUCGUCAGCAACUCCGGUUGGUGACCAGCGGAGCGAACAGCAUGCCCUCACCUACACACAAUAAUAAGUCGAGGGAUGAUCCCGAUGGUUCAUGUCGCGAGUCUUCAGCCGUGGAGCGUCGUGACGCCAGACUCCGACACAGCAACGCCUCCUCGGAGAUCAGCGGCCGGAGCAAGAGCAGCACGCCGAUCCAUUGUGUGGAGCUGUCUGAGUGGCGCACAUGUCCCUCGGCCCGCGUGUACCGCGACUGGUCAGGGCCGGGACCUGCGCACGCGCAUCCACCGGCUUGCGCACGCAUGCCCAAGACACACGGGCACACACACCACAACGGUGUGGAGUGCGAGGCGUUCAGCGGCAGCCCCCGCUCAGACAACUACCGCUUGGAGUUCGCCCGCGGCCGCUCCCCCCGCUCCCCGCCGCGCACCCCGCACUCGCCCAGCACCCCCCGCACCCCGCGACCACCGCGCCUCACGCCCCGCUCGCCCUCCUCAACCUCAGGAUCGGACCUGUCAAUACGACAGCCCAUUAAGAUCAGUCGUGAUCAUCAUCUGAACAGUGAGCUUCUAACUUCGUAG